GAAUCGAUGAGAUUUCAAUGGAUAUGAAAUGUAAGAAGUUAACCGUCAUUGGUACGGUUGAUCCAGUGAGUGUAGUGAGUAGACUACGCAAAUUUUGGUGGACAGAAAUACUCAUAGUAGGACCAGCUAAAGCUCCCGUGCAAGAGAAGAAAGAAGAACCUAAGAAGGAAGAAACCAAGAAAGAGGAGCCACCUAAAGAAGAGCCACCCAAAGAAGAAACAAAGAAAGAGGAACCACCCAAGGAGGGAGCAAAGAAAGAGGAACCACCCAAGGAGGAAACUAAAAAAGAAGAGCCUAAAAAGGAAGAAGAAGACGACGAUGACGAUGACUAUGACGAUGACUAUGAUGAUGAUGAUGAAGAAGAAAUAGAAGGACCCAAAAAGGAAGAAGUGAAGAAAGCACAACUACAACCACAAUCACAAUUACGUCAUCCUCAGCCACAAUCACUACCUUAUCCACAAGCGGCUUAUAGGCCAUAUUAUCCUCCUCCUAUGCACACAUAUUACCAAGUUCACCAUAGCAUAGAAGAGAAUCCUAAUGCAUGCACUAUCUGUUAAACUAGCUUGGGAAUGUAAUCUGAAUCGCUAUUGGUACAAUGUUAAUGACCAUAACGGGCUAAUUAAUCAGGGGUAAUAGAAAGAAAAAACAAAAAGUCACAUAUAUAUAAUUAAGUGUUGUUCGAUCUAGCCUUUA